AGCCAUGUUGGCACAAGCUUUCGGCGCAGCGCGCGCCUUCGGUGUCCGUGGAUGACUGUCAGCCCGGAGGGGCCGGCCUGUCCGCAGGGGGCCAAUAUGGCUCAGGCCGGGCUCCAAGGCCUGCCAGCAGACAGCAAGAUGGCGUUCGUGUCGGAGGCGCCGCCCCGGCAGCACCGGCAGGUCAUCUUCGAUAUCGACGAGGACGCAGCGAAGAAGCCCGUGGAGCCGGGGGCGUUUGGGGUCUCGCGGGCCUCGUGCUCAACGAGCGCUGGCCUCAGCGUGAAUUUCAGCAGCGACGGGACGUUGUCGACCUCGUACGGCACACGAUCGUCCUUCAGCGGGAGGCCGUCUUUCAGCCGGAGUUUGGCCAACUGCAGCAGGAGGGGAAGCCUCGAGUCGCGCAGGAGGGGAAGCCUCGAGUCGUGCAGCUCCCUGCGCAGGGGUUCGGAGUCUCGACUGAAGAGUUGGAGGCUUCUGACCUGGAUGCAGGCACUGAAGGUCAACUACGAGACCCUGACGACCGGGGAGAUGCUGGGGGAGGGGAGCACCGCGAACGUGCACCGGGGCAAGUUCAAGCAGGAGGCCAUCGCUGACGUGGUGGGCGAGGACGAGGACAUUCAGGUCACGGAGGUUGCGAUCAAGAAGUUCUUGUUUGGCAAACAGGAGCAUGAUCAGCUCACGAAAGCUCUUGUGCGGGAGCUCGAGGUGCUUACCUUGCUGAACCACGACAACCUUGUGCGCCUGAUAGGUGUAGUAGAGAAGCCCACCUGCAUCGUGAUGGAGCUGUGCCAGGGAGGACCGGUGUACAACUUACUAUACAAUUCCACGUAUAAAGUCCAUUGGGAACAGCAGUUGAAGAUCGCCUGCGACGUCGCAGAUGCCAUGGAUUACCUCCAUGGCCUCGAGCCCCCUGUCAUCCACAGGGACCUGAAAUCUCUCAAUUGUCUGCUGGACGAGCCCGUGGUCUCGGCAGAUUGCGAACCCUUCGUGAAGGUGGCCGAUUUUGGCAUGGCUAUCAGAUGGAGCCCCGUCCGAAAACUGACCAGGGGAGCUGGCACCUGCCACUGGAUGGCGCCCGAGGUGGCGAGCGGGACCGACUACGAGGCCAAGGCUGACGUGUUCUCGUACGGAAUGAUGCUGUGGGAAAUCUUUCGCUUGGAAGUUCCGUUCCGGGACCGGUCCCCAAACGAGGUUGCCAAGUUGCUCUGCCUGGGCGAGCGCCCAAUGAUUUUGAAGGAUGAGUUCCCACCCGACUGUCCCGAGCAGCUCAUCGCGUUGAUGACGGAGUGCUGGGACCAGAAUCCGGACUGCAGACCAACCUUCGAGCACGUGGUGGAGACCCUGGACGAGUUCCUCCCACGGCCCGAUGGCAUCGACGACGAUGAUUUCGUGGAGAACGCUUGGUGGAGAUCCCCUAACCAUUCGGUGGAGAUCCCUGUCCAAGGUAUGGAUUCGGACUCCGAGGGGCUCGACAUGGACGCCUGCGUCCCGACACCGAGCUGAGCCUUUGGCCGCCCCGGGGGGGUGUUUUCCGCAUGGUCUAUUGACAGCGGCAUGGUCUACCGACAGCGACACAACCGCCAAGGGUACCGAUCGAGUGAGCCUGGACAUGAUCCCCAGACAUGAUUUACGCGACUUCCUCCUCAUCCUCCAUCCUUUUAU